GUGUCGAAAAGUCCUGAAGUUACUCGCCAUAAUGGUCGCUUAUAGAAGCCAUUGUAUGCCAUGAAUAGUUUCUGAAAAUCAAAUUUAAUAAGGCGGUUACUUUGUUAUAUUCAGUCUUCUGACAAAUCAAGUUUCUCAAAAUAAUGUCAGAAAAUAUAUUGGUCUGGACCAGCUUUUGCGGGAAUAACUCUGCUUAUUGGACGUUUUGGAAUGAGUCGUUUACGUGGAGAACCAAUACUCCGGAUUUCACAACUUGUUUUCAAUUGACUAUGCUUAGAUGGGUUUCUCUUCUGUAUCUUGGUGUUUCAUUACCAAUCUACGUAAUAUUCCUUUCAAGAAAGCCAUGGAAAAAUUCUUACAGAAUAAUUAGCGCAUAUAAGACCGUUCAGUUUGCCACUAUAGGUAUUUUGUUAAUGACAUUGCUAGAAAUAGUUAUCAUAACUUCAACGGCUGAAUAUGGACCAGGUCCUCUGUCAGUUCGAAUAUUAGAUUCUGUUUGCGACCUGUUCAUUUGGUCAACCGUUUUGAUUCUUCAACGAUACGAAUUUAAAAAAGGAUUAUCUUCCUCAGGAGUGGUGAUAAUCUUCUGGCUUUACGAGCUGUUACGGUAUCUAAUAGCUUUUCGCUCUGCAAUUUUAUUUGCAUCAACUUCGGGACAUGAUUCUUUAACACCGGUAAUAAUGAACGGGCUGAUUCUCUUUCUUGUAACCAUAGCCUUUUGUGCCAAUUGUUUCGCCAGUAGACGUGACGAUGAAGGUGACAAUCUGGCUUUAACAAAUUAUAAUUCAAAAACUGCUCUUGAAGAGAAAGGUAAUGCAUCACAGUUACAAAAGUCUUGUCCUGAAGAAAAUGCACCUUUCCUGUCACGGAUGACAUUCUUUUGGUUCACUGGGCUUAUCUUGAAAGGAUUUCGGAGAACUCUGUUUGCUGAAGAUUUAUGGAAACUGUCCGACUCAAACAAAAGUGAACGCGUUGUGGAUAGAACGAUGCGAAAUUGGCCAUCGACAUUUGAAAGUAUUUCACAUAGGUUAGAUACAGUCGUGUUUACUAACCACCAUUGUUUUAUUAUAUUUCUUCAAGAUAUUGGAAAGCACUCAUGUGAUAGUAUACAGAACAACACUUCUAUAGAAUUUAUUGCACAAACAAUCAUUGAAAUACAACCAUUAGUUAAGUGA